GGCGCUUAUCAGAUCUAAUCCCAAAGAGGGCUUAGGGGUUUAUAAAACACAACACACAGAACAAGACCAACAAAGAUCAUCACAAUGGACAAGUACGAGAAGCUCGAGAAGGUCGGCGAAGGAACCUACGGCAAAGUCUACAAAGCCAUGGAGAAAGACACCGGAAAGCUCGUCGCUUUAAAGAAAACCCGCCUCGAGAUGGACGAAGAAGGCAUACCCCCAACAGCUCUCCGCGAGAUCUCUCUCCUCCAGAUGCUCUCUCAAUCCAUCUACAUCGUCCGCCUCCUCUGCGUCGAACACGUACUCCAAUCAAAGGACGCAUCUUCUUCUCAAAAAUCCAACCUUUACCUCGUUUUCGAGUACCUCGACACGGAUCUCAAGAAGUUCGUCGAUUCGUAUAGAAAGGGCGCGAACCCUAGGCCGCUCGAGGCUGAUCUUGUGAUGAGGUUUAUGUUUCAGCUUUGUAAAGGCGUGGCGCAUUGUCAUAGUCACGGUGUGCUUCACCGUGAUCUCAAACCGCAGAAUCUGCUUCUUGAUAAGGAGAAAGGGAUUUUGAAGAUUGCUGAUUUGGGUCUUGGUCGUGCUUUCACUGUUCCUUUGAAGUCUUAUACUCAUGAGAUUGUUACGCUUUGGUAUAGAGCUCCUGAGGUUCUUCUUGGCUCUACUCAUUACUCCACUGGGGUUGACAUGUGGUCUGUUGGAUGCAUCUUUGCGGAGAUGAUUCGGAGGCAAGCUCUUUUCCCUGGUGACUCUGAGUUUCAGCAACUGCUUCAUAUCUUCAGACUGCUAGGAACACCAACUGAGAAGCAGUGGCCUGGUGUGAUGACUCUGCGUGAUUGGCAUGUGUAUCCAAAGUGGGAGCCUCAAGACUUGUCACGUGCUGUUCCUUCUCUAUCACCUGAAGGAGUUGAUCUUCUCACGAAUAUGCUGAGGUACAAUCCAGCUGAAAGGAUUUCAGCAAAAGCGGCUCUUGAUCAUCCUUACUUUGACAGCCUUGACAAAUCUCAGUUCUGAAGCUGAUCUUGUCUGAACAAAAGUCUCUCAUCACC